AUGCUGCAGAGCGUUCUUCAGCGGCCGUUGGACCAAUGUGUGUUUGCCCUUCCGAAGUGGAGAGGCCGUCACGCGAUCUUCAGCCAGGGCCAGCGUCUGAAGGCUGCGAUCGCCGAAGACAUGGUGGCCGACAUGCGCUACGCACUCUGGAUGGACUUAGCAACAUGUAGCAAAUCAUGUCCCGUCACUGAAUCUUGUGGAGACGUGAAGAGCAUGUACAAGACAACUGGAUGCUGGCAGCACGUCGCUCGGCACGCAUGGUUUGAAAACUUCACGAUGCUGAUCAUCGUCAUCUAUGCCAUUUACAUGUCCUUCGACACGGAUUUGAACCAAGCAGACCUGAUCACAGAGACUGCGCCCGUCUUCAUUGUUUGCGAGCAGUUCUUCUGUUUUUACUUCACCGCUGAGCUCGUCAUCCGCUUCAUGGCGUUCGAGAGGAAGUGCAACUGCUUUAGGGAUGCCUGGUUUGUCUUCGACUUUGCAUUGGUCUUCAUGAUGGUCGCCGAGACAUGGGUGAUGAACAUCGUCAUCCUGGCCAUGGCUGGCUCAAGUUCGGGCCCGAACUUCCUCGGCGACGCCUCCAUUUUGCGAAUCGCGCGGCUGCUGCGGCUGACCCGCUUGUUGAGGAUGGCGCGGCUCAUCCGGUUUUUCCCCGAGCUGCUGAUCAUGGUGAAGGCAAUCUGGAGCGCCGCACGAUCCGUGGGUUUCACCCUCGUCCUGCUGGGGAUCUGCUUGUAUGUCUUCGCCAUUGCUUUCGUGACAAUGCUGACCGAGACUGAAGUUGGGGCGAAGUACUUCCCUCAUGUUCCCUAUGCUAUGCACAGCUUGCUCCUUCAGGGCACACUCCUAGAUUCCAUCUCGGAAAUGCUGAGCAUGAUGAUCGAAAAGGAAGAGUUUGCGGGCCUCGCUCUCAUGUACGUCUUCAUGAUCGUGUCUGCGGUUACCAUCAUGAACAUGCUUAUCGGUGUCCUGUGUGCUCCUUGGCGCAAGAACAUGCUAUCCGCCAGUCUUCUGCCUUCUGAAGUAAUCACUGCAGUGGCAGAUGCAGAGAAGGAGGCACUUCAGGUCAGCUGGACUACAGAAGUUCUCCAGACGUGCCUGCAGCUGGGGGCCGAUGAGAACAACGACGGCUGCAUUGAUCUGGAGGAGUUCCAGCACAUGGUCUCCAACUCAAAGGUGCGGAAGGUCUUGCGUGAGGCGGACGUCGACGUGCAGACUUUGGUCAACUUUUUAGAUGUCCUCUUCGAAAAUACCAGCGACGAGGGUGGCUUCUGCGAGAAGGCAUGCGAACCUGCCAUCUGUGAUAAUUAA